AUGGCUCUGAAAGUCCUCAUUUGUGGCGGAGGUGUCGCAGGUCCGGCUUUGGCCUUCUGGCUCGUCCGAAAUGGUCACCAAGUUGUUAUCGUCGAACGGUCCCCAGUGCUAAGAGCGACAGGUGCCCAGAUCGACCUCCGUGGACAAGGCAUCGAGGCCGUCAAACGCAUGGGUCUCAUGGACGCCGUUCGCGAAAAGCUCGUCGACGAAGCAGGCGUCUCCUUCAUUGACGCGAAGGGCAAUGUCAGGGGGGAAGUCCUAGCCAAUAAGUCUGGCAAGGGUGCACAGUCUAUGACAUCCGAGUAUGAGAUCAUGCGCGGGGAUCUCGUGCGCAUACUUUACGACGCGACAAAAGACAAAGUGAAAUAUAUAUUCGGCCAAACGGUGGAUGGCUUCGCGCAAAAUGACCAAGGGGUAGUCGCAACCUUUUCCGACGGUUCUUCGGAUAUAUUUGAUCUACUGGUUGGAGCAGACGGGCAGGGCUCGCAAAUUCGAAAGCACAUUCUACCCCCCGAUGCCCCGAACGAAUAUCACCAGCUCGGUGUACACAUGGCGUACUGGUUUGUCCCACGGAUUGAAACUGACAGCAAUAUGUGCAAGUCGUACCUCUGCCCGGGCGGCCGGACGAUCCUGACAAGAAGCCACAAUCAAGCGGAAACCCAGUUGGGCAGCAAAAAACAGUUUCGCGACGCGGGGUGGCAGGCCGAUCGCUUUAUUGAAGGGAUGGACACCACAGAGAACUGGUUCUGCCAGAAUAUCGUCCAAAUCAAGACAGAUACCUGGCACCCCGGUCGGGUUGUCCUUCUAGGGGAUGCGGCAUACUGUCCUUCUCCCUUGAGUGGAAUGGGGACAAGUAGUGGUCUGGUUGGGGCAUAUGUCCUAGCUGGAGAGCUUGCUCGCAGUGACGAUUUGUCCCAGGCCUUCCAAAACUACCAUCAAAAAAUGCGACCUUUCAUCGACCUAGUUCAGCCAUUCAACACUGGAUUGCUCCGAUGGGCAAUCCCCAACUCACAAUGGGAAAUCUCACUUCUUCAUCUCGUUAUAGGACUAGCUUGUUUCCUUCACAUACCCCAACUGUUGUCACGGUUCUUAAGCGAUAGGGAUGGGGACUGGAAACGCCCUGUUUACCCAGAACUGGAGGUUGAUCGGACAUAA